UGUGUUACUAUUUCUAUUACCAACCAAAUACGAGCGAUACGCGUGGUUUGCGUCAACUACUAACCAUCUAAAAGUGAAGGAGAGAGUUUAAUCCAAAUUAAUCCCACAUCCAGAGAUAGAGAGAGGCCUACAGGGAAAUGCAGUGGUAAUUUUAACUGCAAGACCGUUAAACAGCUCACCUGGUAACACAGGACAAAGCUGCCAUACAUCAGCAUGGAUACCACUCCAUGGAGAUGCACUCCCAGAGGCAGGGGUGGGAUAUAGGAGAGAGGGGAUCCUCAUCUUGAUGGAGCAACGAGAAAAGAAGCCGGGAAGAGCAUAGUUUGGGGAGAAGAGUCACCUGUGGAGGUCACCAAAUCAACCGAAAGAAGAAGAGGUGAAACAUCAGGAUGGGUUACGACCGGGAGAGGUUUGUGGGCUAUGUGAAUGAGGGCCUCCUGUGCUGUGUUUGUCGCGACGUGUUGAGACGCCCCCUCCAGGCACCCUGCGAGCAUGCCUUCUGCAGCGCCUGCAUCAGUAGCUGGCUGCUCCAUCAUCACACAUGUCCCGAAGACCGGCAGCCGCUGGACGUCGGCAGCCUCAAGCCCCUCUACAGGUACAUGCGUAACGAUCUGAACCGUCUGCAGAUCCGCUGCGUAAAUGCAGGACAAGGCUGUGAGACGGUAUGCUCUUUGGAGAACCUUCACACGCACGAGGAGGAGUGUGACUUUGCCUUUUUGUCAUGCUCUAACUCAGGGUGUCCUGCACAAGUCGAGAGACGCGGUUUGGAGGCUCACCUGUCAGAAUGUAACUUCUGCAGCCGAGAAUGUCCCAAUGGCUGCGGCCACACUCUUCUCUCCACCGAGAUGUCACAACACAACUGCGUGGCAGAGCUGCGUUCUGAAGUGGAAAUGCUGCGGGUUGAGAUGCUGUGCAAGGUGGAGGAGGUGAGACGGGAAAUGGAGUCUCGCUUGGACUCGCAGAGGAGACACAUGGUGCAGAAGGAGUCACAACUGAAGAACGAAGUUGAGGAGGUGAAGAGCCAGUUAUCCCGUGUGAUCUGUGACGUGCGUGCCCUACUUGGAGCAGAACGUCUGAGGCGACAGGAGUUGGCAGAGAUAGAGCUGGAGAAGAGAGAACUGCUGGAGCUCCUCAGAGACCUGCACCCCGUCAGGAAUCAGCAGUCUGACGACCAGUUGGGCCGAGACCAUCUUAAGGAAGACCGGCAGACAUUCGGAUGGCAAGCUACCUUCCAGCCACUGAGACACCAGCGGAGGGAGGAUUCUUUAAAUCUACCCAGUGUAUCGCUUCACUCGUCUCAGGCUUUAAACGGACCUGGUUGUCCGCCUUCACCUCAGUCGGGUGAAAGUGCACGUAAGAGCGGAACCCAGAGUGUAACGCUGGACUGCAUCAAAAAGAAGAGCCGCGAGGUGACGGUUAUCUGAGUAGACCGGAUCGAAGGCGAGCCAAAUAAGAAUAGAUUUUUAAAAAUAAAUAAAGCCAAUUUUGACUAAAGAGCAUGGAGUUGUAUCCUUAAGAAUUUUAGAAGCAAUACUGAGAAGAUAUAAUUUUGUUUGUUUUUUUUUUAAUUUCACAGUAAACUUCAACUUGAAGUGGCAUGAAACAGCUUGUGACCUCUUUUUCGAAAAUUGUUCAUUAUCUGUCCAACAGCAGCUUCUUGUGAAAUGAAUUGAGUACGCUGCCACAAUACACCGGUCGUAUCCCAAAAGUUUGCGACAUCUCGUAUCUCAAGUGAACGCUCUCUUCAGGACUCUGGCUCAUGUAAAUGAUCGGUCGGUGAGAUUAAAGAACAGAGCACCACAUAUGUGGCCCAUGGGACAUACUAUGCCACCCCUACUUUAA